GGCGGGGGCGGCGGAGGCAGAGGGGGAUCCGGAAGUCAACACCAUGUCGAGUCUGCACAAGAGCCGGAUUGCAGAUUUCCAGGAUGUCCUGAAGGAGCCCAUGAUCACCUUGGAGAAGCUUCGGGAACUUAGUUUUAGUGGCAUCCCCUGUGAGGGCGGAUUGCGGUGCCUCUGCUGGAAGAUCCUCUUGAACUACCUCCCCUUGGAGAGAGCCUCAUGGACCUCCAUCCUGGCCAAGCAAAGGGAGCUCUAUGCUCAAUUCCUGAGGGAAAUGAUUAUCCAGCCUGGCAUUGCCAAGGCCAACAUGGGUGUGUCCAGGGAGGAUGUGACCUUCGAGGACCAUCCCCUCAACCCCAACCCUGAUAGCCGGUGGAACACGUAUUUCAAGGACAACGAGGUGCUGCUGCAGAUUGACAAAGAUGUCCGGAGGUUGUGUCCAGACAUAUCCUUCUUCCAGAGGGCCACUGAGUACCCUUGCCUCCUCAUCCUGGACCCCCAGAAUGAGUUUGAGACCCUUCGUAAGCGGGUGGAGCAGACAACGCUGAAAUCCCAGACAGUGGCCCGGAACCGGAGUGGGGUCACAAAUAUGAGCUCCCCACACAAGAGCUCUGCACCGUCUUCCCUGAAUGAGUACGAGGUGCUGCCCAAUGGCUGUGAGGCCCAUUGGGAGGUGGUGGAGCGGAUCCUAUUCAUCUACGCCAAGCUCAACCCUGGCAUUGCUUAUGUGCAGGGCAUGAAUGAGAUCGUGGGGCCCCUCUACUAUACCUUUGCCACCGACCCCAACAGCGAGUGGAAAGAGCACGCUGAGGCAGACACCUUCUUCUGCUUCACCAACCUCAUGGCUGAGAUCCGGGACAACUUCAUCAAGAGCCUGGAUGACUCACAAUGUGGCAUCACCUACAAGAUGGAAAAGGUGUACUCCACCUUGAAGGAUAAGGAUGUGGAACUCUACCUGAAACUGCAAGAGCAGAACAUCAAGCCCCAGUUCUUCGCCUUCCGCUGGCUGACUCUGCUGCUGUCCCAGGAGUUCUUGCUGCCUGACGUCAUCCGUAUCUGGGACUCCCUCUUUGCUGAUGACAGCCGUUUUGACUUCCUCCUCCUCGUCUGCUGCGCCAUGCUCAUACUGAUCCGGGAGCAGUUGCUGGACGGGGACUUUACCAUAAACAUGCGGCUCCUGCAGGAUUACCCCAUCACAGAUGUCUGCCAGAUCCUACAGAAAGCCAAGGACCUCCAAGACUCAAAGUAGCCUGGAGGCAAGAGGCCCAGUUUGGGAGAGAAGCCACCGACCCUUGUGCCCUGGCUUCUGGGACAUGCAGAAGCCUGUGGGAUCCCAGCCCGAGGGGAAGCUGCAGGACCGGCCUGCUGCAGGCCUCCUCACCGCGGCUCCCCACCUUAGGCCGCUCCCGCUGGGGGCACACUGUGCCAUGCUCCUUCCUAACCACCAAGCCCCAGUUCCCACCUUCUCUUCAGCCCUGGGACUCUGCCCAGGUUGCUGGGCAAAGCUGGGGCUCAUGAAGUUGUUCCCUGGGGGCUGGGGCAGAUUGGGGGCCCCGGGAGCUGGCACGGGUCCCUCCCUGCCUCUGCUCUCUGCUCCCUUCCUCUCCUGCUCUGGUCUUCUGGGCUCAGGUCGGGGGGAGGUGCUUGGCAAAUGAGCCAGAAACAACUUCUGGGCGUUGGUGCUCAGGCUUCUCCAGGGGGAAGGGGACACUGUGAAGGAGCUAAGAAGCUGCCGGGCCCAGGUCACACCCCCUGUCGCUCCCCCACUCUGUGAGUCUGUCUGUAGUGGGUCGGUUUGUGCGUGUCUGUCAGUAUGUGAGGGAGGUGAGGGUGCCUUUGGUCCCUCUAGGUCUGUGCUUCCCCUUUCCUGUCUACCUCUGUCUGCCUCUCUUCUCCCUCCACCUCUUUCUCAGAGGGUGUGUGACUCCCUCACUGUCUGCUCCUCUCUCCAUUGCUCUUCCUUUGCCCUUCUCUCUUGGGGUGCCUUAUCCCCAGCUUCUUACCCCCAACCACUGCCAUGAGCCCCCAGACAGAAUGAGGAGUCUGGCUCAGCAGAGCCCCUGGCGGUCAGUCUUGGGCUCUGCACCCUGUUCCCAUUCCCCCCGCCUGAGGCUUGCAGGUCUCCCAGGCGGGGAGGGAGUCCGCAGUGCCUCACCGGAGGGCCGGGAAUCUGCUUCCCUCGACAGAAACCUUGGAAAUCAAAAGCUGCUGAGAAAUGAUGGUCCGUGAAGCUUUCCGCCUCUUACCUUCUGCCCCGAGAUGGAGGAGGAGGAAGGAGAGCUGGAUCUUCUAGAGAUCCCCCCAAAUGCCCUUCUCUCCCAAAGGGAAAAAGAUACGAAAGCAGCUCUGUACCAGGGGCUGGGACCCAGGGGCUCCGGAAGAGCAGUCAUUCCCAUGGCUUUGCAGGUCCCAGCCCAUGGCAGGUGACUCCCAUAAAGGGCAGGUGGGCCCAAAGGGGGCUUCCCAGGGCCGGGCACAGCUGAUCUCAAAGGGCUCAGGUCCUGUUAGUGUGAGGAGACCGUGUGUCUCUCAAGCAGGCUGAAGGAGGUGCUGGCCUUUGGGCACCUGCUUGGGCUGUUCCCAGGAUUUGGGACAGGUGUAUUCUGAGCGGGAGCAGCUGGCUACUCCCACUCCUGGGCUGUGGGAGGAGUGGGGUUAUUGUGACCAAGUCCCCAACCUCCUUUUGUGAGGAUGCAGGUGGUUUGGGUCUGGAAGGCUGGGUGAUGUAGCAAGGGCCCUCAGACUGGUGGGCAGGCACCCUUUUGCCCCCCCAGAGCCUGAGUCUAGCAGCCAGGACUUCCUGCUUGCCUAACCAGGCCUGGCUGGGGGCCAGGAACAGUGUUGCCCAGUGGUUCCUUUACCAGGCCACCUUGGGUGCUGCUGGGACUUUCUGCGCUUGCCUUUUUGCCCCCUCCUUUCCCAACACGUAAUAUUUGGGAGAUUUUUACUAUUUAUUCAGACUCCUGAUUAUUUAUUGCAGAUUGGCAAGUGCUUGGUUUGGGGAUGAAUGGUUGGGCUGGGAAGGUUGAAAGGAGUUGGAGACAGUCUUCUUGACCUUCCAAGGUCAGAGUCAGCAUCCUUCCCCUGCCUUUUGGGCCUUCCUGGUUUUCCAGCAGGUCCUGGCUGGGAAGGCUCUGAGUUCUGUCCUGGAACUGAGUGUAUGGUAGACAAGACAGCUGGUAUCCUUGCCAGACUUCAAGAGCCCACCAGUCUGGAUCCCUCUCUUUCCGGAACUUCUCAGCUGGUGGUUCAGUCCCAGCUUUGACCCCCUUCACAGCCUGAGACUUGGGCCACAGCCUAGGACCCAGCAGACUGUGCCCAGACAUCCGAUGCAUUCCCUCUUGCCUGUCCCCUGCCUUCUCUCCUGGGGCCAUACUACUUGAAUCACUGCGUCUAAUUUCCUCAGUCCCAGACCUGAGUCCAGUGCCCUCUCCUUCACUUUGGGAUGAAGGUUAAGAGCACAGGGAUGGUGUCCAGGUUAGGUUGAGCUCCCCAGUGGGAUCCUGUCUGAGGGAAGGACCUGCCCUUGGCGAUUCCUUCUCCUCUUCCCUCCCCCCGGACUCUCAAGGGAGGUGCCCAGAGAGCCAGAGUGCCUGAGGCUUUCUGCUUGGGAAGCUUCCCCCAGGACUUUGGACACUUAAGGACUGGGCUGUAUGGGCUCAACAAGUCUCAUUCCAGAGGGUCAGAAUGUUAGUCUGCUUGUUUUUUCAUCAGUUUUGUUCCUUGAAUCAAUGCUAUUGAUGACAAAUUGUCUUUAAUAAAUCAUGUGUUCUUUGUAAUGGG